GUAACGCAAAUUCAAAUUCAAGAUAUACGAGUAGCAGUCGGUAAAAAAAAAGAAGUCAGUGAUGGUUAGAAUCAACUUAUAUGACUUCUUGAAGCUAAGGCAGAUAAAAGAACAAUGAAAGUGGCUGUGUGGAUACGUGCUACGAUGUCUUCCAAAGCAAACCAAAUGGGAAGCAUUGGCGGUUUCCUUUCCUUUCGGUACCGUCAAGAAGUAGUGUCGAAGGAAGGUGGAGAUAUUACGAUAUAGCCUAUGAAUCUAGGACACUCGCUUUUAAACGAAUCGUUCUUUGAUUUAUCUCGAAAUCCUCGCAUCCUGUCAAUAUUUUUUCUUUUUCUAUUCGAGCGAUUCCCUUUUCCGCAACACCGAUUUAUUCUUUUAAAAUUCAUUAGAAUACUGUAUUACCGUCUGCAGAUAAAAAGAAUUAUAUAGAAGAUCUAAUAAUCGAUCGGUAAUUUUGACAAAAAAUAUAUUUGACUUCUUUUUUUCUUUUUGUUUAAACGCGCAUUUAAAUUAUUACACAUUCGUAUGAUUAAAUAUGUUUAUAUUAUUUGCCGCCAGAUGGCUUUGAAUUCACCUUUUCGUAAAAUGCAAAUGUUUCAUUCGUGAAAUUACUUUUAUCCCCAUUUGCGAGUAUCUUUUAUUCUUCGAUAAACAUUUUUCAUUUUUAUUCAUUCGAAAAAAAAAAAAAACAAUAUUACACAGAAAUCUUUUAUUCGAAACAAAACAUAGUGAUAUUCCUUGGCAUGACAAUUGCAACAGUAGCGACAAACAUUGAACAGUAGCUCGUAUAGGAAGUGCAAACUAGGAGAAUGAAAAAGAGUGGGGAUAAUGCGCAAUCUGUUCCACAACUUUGCACACAUCUCUGUUCUGUUCGUUUCUUCGGUUUCCUCUUAUUCGACGUUAAUUAAUAUCAUUCUGACAGACACGAUACAACCAAAAUGAGUGAACUAACCUGGAACGAGAAAUAUAAUCUUAUUACGAGAAAUUUAGGUGAAUGGCUCGGCGAUGAAAAAUUAAAAAGUAUUUUGAAACAGCGAGAUUUAAAGAUAUAUUGGGGUACUGCUACUACCGGUAAACCUCAUAUUGGAUAUUUUACACCAAUGUUAAAGAUAGCUGAUUUUUUAAAUGCCGGAGCUGAAGUUACAAUUUUAUUUGCCGACUUACAUGCAUAUUUGGAUAAUAUGAAAGCACCUUGGGAACUUUUAGCGUUAAGAACUGAAUAUUAUGAAGUUAUUAUUAAAGCUAUGCUUAAGUCUAUUGAUGUACCUUUGGAUAAACUUAAAUUUGUUAAGGGAACAGAUUAUCAAUUAUCCAAGGAAUAUACAUUGGAUAUGUAUCGAUUAAGUUCUAUCAUAACUGAACACGAUGCUAAAAAGGCAGGUGCGGAAGUUGUUAAACAAAUUGCAAAUCCGUUACUUUCUGGUUUGCUGUAUCCGGGAUUACAAGCACUCGACGAACAGUACCUUCAAGUCGAUGCACAAUUCGGUGGAGUAGAUCAAAGGAAGAUCUUUACUUUCUCUGAAAAAUAUUUGCCAAUGCUUGGAUAUGAAAAACGUAUUCAUUUGAUGAAUCCUAUGAUACCUGGACUAGCUGGUGCUAAAAUGUCUUCCUCCGAGGAAGACUCAAAAAUUGAUCUUCUGGAUGGAGCUUCAACAGUUAAAAAAAAGUUAAAAAAAGCCUUUUGCGAACCUGGUAAUAUCAAUGAUAAUGGAAUACUUUCCUUCUCUAAACAUGUGAUAUUUUCUUUAUUGAAAAAAGGAGAAUCUUAUAAUGUACCAAGAAGUAAAGAAUUUGGUGGAGAUAUAUCUUUCUCUACGUACGAGGAAUUAGAAACUGCAUUUGCAAAGGAAGAAAUACAUCCUGGCGAUCUUAAAAGUGCAGCCGAAAUAUAUAUAAAUAGACUCUUAGAUCCAAUUAGAAAAGAAUUUGAUGGAAAUUCUAAAUUAAAAUCUCUUGCCAGUAAAGCGUACCCACCACCACAAAAACAAAAAGUGGUCGAUGAAAUAGUACCAUCGAGAUUGGAUAUUAGAGUUGGAAAGAUCGUCGAUGUGAAAAAACAUCCUGAUGCGGAUUCAUUAUAUGUGGAGAAAAUAGAUUUAGGUGAAAAUAAUGGUCCUAGAACUAUUGUCAGCGGGCUUGUAAAUUAUGUACCUAUAGAGGAAAUGCAAGACAGAAUGGUACUCGUACUUGCAAAUCUUAAAGCGGCUAAUCUUAGGGGUAUACCAUCACAUGGAAUGGUUCUUUGCGCGUCCGUAGAUGAACCAACAAGACAGGUUGAACCUUUGAGACCACCAGAAAAUAGUAAUCCUGGUGAUAGAAUUUAUGUAGAGGGUUAUGAAAGUGGGACGCCGGAUGAAGUUUUAAAUCCAAAGAAAAAAGUUUGGGAAAAGUUGCAGGUUGAUCUUAUAGUAAAUGAUAAUGGAGAAGCAUCUUGGAACGGAAAUUUAUUGCUUACGUCGAAUGGUGGAAAAACGAUUGCUGACUCUCUUAGGAACGUACCGAUUAAGUAAUGCAUUUUACAGUUAUUCCACUUAUGCAUUUUAUUGUUUUAGGAAUGGAAUUAUGGAAUCCAUUUGAACUGCCUAUUUUUAAUUACUUUAUUAAACAUUUUAAUAGAUAAUUAUUAUAUUAUAAAUGAAAAAUAAUAUGAAUGCUUAACGAUCAAUCGA